AUGGCUCUUCUGAACAUCUAUACGACGCUUACUAGCUUCCUGUCGCCAACAGCCACACUCUGGCUGGCUGUUUCGCUCACAGUCCUUGGUUCUUAUUUGCUGUACCAAUGGCUGCUUCCCAAACCGCUCCCCGGCAUUCCGUUCAACACGGAAGCUACAAAGUCGUUGUUCGGUGACGCACCUGCCAUGAGCAGGGAAAUCAGCGUCACGGGAGAGUUUAGCAUGUGGCUAGCCCAUCAGGUCGAACGAAUGGGUGAACCCAUCUGCCAAGUCUUCAUCCGUCCGUUUUCCAAGCCAUGGAUCCUGGUGGGCGAUUUCCACGAAGCUCAGGACAUUUUAAUGCGCCGCACCGAGUUUGAGAAGCCUCAGUUCUUGAUCGACGGGCUCCUCGCUUUGGGUGAUUGGAAUGCGAGGUACAAGACCAACGACCCCACCUUCCGAGCCCGCCGCCACCUCAAGCAAGACUUGAUGGCACCAAACUUCCUGAACAGCUUCAUGGGUCCUUUUCUUCACAGCGAGGGGUUGAAGCUCGUCAAGCUUUUCGAGGCAAAGAUGAAGCUUGCCGACGGGAGACCGUUUUCUGUGCGGUCGGAUUACUACCACGCUGCCCUCGACACCAUGGUUCACUACGCCUUCGGCGGAAAUAUUCCAGACUCGGCAACGGACCCUCAGUUGGAGACGAUAUCCAACAUGAGGCCCUCGCAAAUCCCCCCAGCCAGCAAGGACGAGCCUGUGAUCUUUCCUGAGACUCCAAUCUCGCCAUUCCUCGCCGCUGUCCAUCACGCACCUGAUGUCUUGGAAAAGACCACAAUUGCCUGGGCGCCCAAACUCAGUUUCUGGUGGUGGAGCCAACAGCCAUGGUUCCGGAAGAUCUUCUCACAAAAGGAACAAGUCGUCCCCAAGCAGCUCGACGUGGCGAUUCGGAAUUUUGAAGCGGGCGAGGUCAAGACAGCUCUGGAGCACCAUCUGAUGCGGGAGAAGAUUGCAGCUGAGAAACAAGGGCGUGAGCCUCUGUUGAACAGUCACAUCAUGGUCGAUGAGAUUUUUGCAGACAUGAUCGCCGGUCAUCAUACCACAGGGGGAUCAAUGGGGUGGGUUACCAAGUAUUUGACUGGCUACCCCGAAGCCCAGUCUAAACUCCGCGAUGCACUGUACUCUGCUUUUCCAGAGGCUGUUGCAGAAAAACGCUUCCCCACCUUUGAAGAACUUCGCCGAGCGAGAAUUCCUUACCUUGAGGCGGUCAUCGAGGAGACGCUGCGCCUGACACCAUUCAGCAUGACAAGAGAGGCUACGGAAGACACCGAAAUUCUGGGCUACAAGAUCCCUAAAGGAUGCCAGGUCUUUAUGGUCAAUGCCGGACCUGGAUACCUCUCCCCUUCGCUGCCUAUAAACGAGAAUGCUCGUAGCCCGACGUCCAAGGCGGCGAAGAGACGGCCUCAUUGGGAUGAGUCCAAGGAUCUGAAGCUGUUUGAGCCUGAGCGCUGGCUUGUCACCAAGGAGGAUGGGAGUGUGGAGUUUGAUGCAGGCGCGGGACCGCAGCUGGGAUUCGGCAUGGGUAUCAGACAAUGCUGGGGGAGGAAGCUGGCGCAUCUGGAGAUUAGAACGAUUAUGGCGUUGGUGGUUUGGAAUUUUGAGUUGUUGGAGAUUCCAGAGGCUUUGGGGGGUUAUGCUGGGUUUGAUGGAAUUUCGAGACAGCCGCAGAAGGUUUAUGUCAGGUUGCGCAAGGUGAAUUUCUGGUAG